AUGCCCCCGCACCAAGGCUAUCAACAACAAUCCCCUGAGACCAGUGCUACUCCAGAGCCUAACAUGGGUGAUCUGUAUAAGCUCAUUGCAAAUAUGCAGAAGACCACAGAGAUAGCCCAAAAGAACCAUGAUGAGAGCAUCAAAGAGUUGAAGAAUCAGAAUAGAAUGUUGGAGAACCAAGUUGCUCAACUUGCUGACACUCUAUCUCAAAGGAAACCGGGUACACUACCAGGGCAACCUACUCCGCCCCAGAAUAUAGAAAGUGCCAAUGCUAUCACUAUUAGAAGUGGCACUAAAUAUGAUGGACCCCCGAUGCCCAUUGAUGAUGCAACUCUUGCCGAGGAGAACACAUAUGGACCAGAGAAAGCAAUUGAUGCAGAGCCUCAAGUCCCGGAAGUUGAUAAUGCUGAUGAUGUUGGUGCAAACAAGGGGAAAGAGAAGAUUUCUGAUUCUCUCCCUAUUGUGCCUAAGUUACCUUUCCCUCACCGGAUGCAGAAAACUAAGGUCGAUCAACAACUUGGUAAGUUCUUGGCAAUGGUCAAGAAUCUUGAGGUAACGGUCCCUUUUACUGAUUUAAUAUCUCAAGUUCCUGUUUAUGCAAAAUUUUUGAAAGAGAUGAUCACUAAGAAAAGGGAUUAUGGUGGUGUGGAGAGAGUCGCUUUAACCGAAGAGUGUAGUGCCAUAUUGCAAAAUAAGUCUCCACCCAAACUUAAGGAUUCGGGUAGUUUUUCCAUCCCCUGUCAUGUAGGUGCAUUGUUCAUUUAUAAAGCAUUAUGUGAUUUAGGUGCAAGUGUGUCUGUCAUGCCCCUUUCUGUCUGUAAUAGGUUGAAUAUGGGAAAACUUAGAUGCACACAAAUCACGUUGCAAAUGGCAGAUCGUUCUAUAAAGUAUCCCUUGGGUAUUUUGGAGGAUGUUCUUGUCCGGGUAGGGAAAUUCUACAUUCCUGUUGAUUUUGUGGUGCUAGAUAUGGAGGAGGAUUGUCAAAUUCCCAUAAUUUUGGGUAGGCCAUUUUUAUGUACUGCGAGAACUGUUAUUGAUGUCAAGUCUGGGUCUCUUACUUUGAGUGUUGGUGAUGAUACUGUUACUUUUAAUCUAACCAAUGCUGUGAAGUCUCCUAUGCUUGAGAAUACUUGUUGCAGGAUUAACAUUGUAGAAGAGAUUUCUCUAGACAACAUGCCUAGAAUGUUGUAUGAUGAUCUAUUGCUGGCGACUCUCACCUUGGAGGCCCGAAAAGGAGAAGGAGAUUGUGAGAUUGAUUCCUUGAUCUCGGAUUUAGAUGGAAGUGAAGCUGAGGUAUUAGAAACUGUUUGCUCUAUUUCCGAGCCACAGGUAACGAAGGUAGAACUAAAACCAUUACCAUCUCACCUUAAAUAUGCAUUUCUUGAUGAUAAUGAGGAUUUUCCUGUGAUCGUUAAUGCUGCACUCGACGAUAGCCAGCUUUCUAAGCUUCUGACCGUGCUCUGUAUGCACAAAAAGGCAAUCGGGUAUAGCAUUGACGAUCUCAAGGGCAUUAGUCCUAACUUUUGUAUGCAUAGAAUCAAUUUGGAAGCAGAUCACCGCCCUCGCAUCCAGCCACAACGUCGUUUGGAUCUUAAUAUGUAA